CAGCCGGUGACCGAGGUGGUGCUGACGGUGGUCCUGGGGGGCCUGGGGGCCUUCGGCCUCGUGGCGCUCCUCAUCUUCGUGGCCCUGCGCCUGCGCGAGAAGCGCCGCACCGAGGGCUCGUACCGGCCCAGCCGCGAGGAGCAGGCGGGGGCCCGCGGCCCCCCCGCCGCCCCCCCCCUGCGCCUGCCCCCCGAGGAGCGCCUCACCGGACGGCCACGGGGGGAAGGGGCGUCCUGGUGCGAGGGGCGUCCUUGUGCGAGGGGCGUCCUCGUGCGAAGGGGCGUCCUCGUGCAAGGGUCGUCCUCGUGCGAGGGGCGUCCUCGUGCGAGGGCCGUCCUCGUGCAAGGGUUGUCCUCGUGCAAGGGUUGUCCUCGUGCGAGGGUCGUCCUCGUGCAAGGGUCAUCCUCGUGCAAGGGGCGUCCUCGUGCAAGGGCCAUCCUCGUGCGAGGGGCGUCCUCGUGCGAGGGGCAUCCUCAUGUGAGGGUCAUCCUUGUGCAAGGCUUGCCCUCGUGCAAAGUUCAUCCUCGUGCAAGGCUCGUCCUCAUGCAAGGCUUGUCCUCGUGCGAG